CCGACAGCCAUGAGAAGUGCUACUCUCUGUCAAACAAACAUCCGCUCCAUCACAUUUCGAAACUUCACAAAAGCCAUCCAAACAGCUUCACAAAGCCAAUCCAAACCUAUUUGGUUUUCUCCUCACUUACACCAAAACAAAUCUACCAAUCCCUUUCCCGCCAAAAACCUCAAAGAAACAGCUGAUUCCUACGCCUCUCUUCUUAGACAAUGCACAUACACAAAAUCCAUACAAGAAGCAAGGGCCAUUCAUAUUCAAAUGAAAGAGGCUGGCUUUCCGUACCUUAGUCUAGGCAACAAACUCAUCGAUUGCUACCUCAAAUGCGGAUGCAUCGAGGACGCACGACAAGUAUUUGAUGAAAUGCCCCAACGACAUAUUGUGACAUGGAAUUCAAUGAUUUCCACCUAUAUUCGCCGCCAGAGAAGUGAAGAAGCUCUAAGAUUGUAUGAAAAGAUGUUGCCUGAGGGAAUUUUCGCAGACGAGUUCACGUUUUCAAGUAUUUUUAAAGCAUUUUACGAUCUGGGUCUCUUACGGGAAGGGCAGAAGGCACAUGGGCGGUUGGUGGUUUUGGGUUUGGAGGUUGAGAAUGCCUUUGUAGGAAGUGCUCUGGUGGAUAUGUAUGCAAAAUUUGGAAAAUUGGGGGAGGCCCGGGCUGUUUUGGAUCGAAUUGUGGAGAAGGAUGUGGUUUUGGUCACUGCUUUGAUUGUUGGUUAUACUCAAAAUGGAGAGGAUUAUGAAGCUUUAGAUGUUUUCAGGAAUAUGGUUAAUGAGGGUAUCAAGGCUAAUGAAUUUACAUUUGCGAGCAUCUUGAUUGCGUGUGGAAAUUUAGCAGAAUUGAAUAAAGGGAAGCUGAUCCAUGGUCUCAAUAUCAAAUCCGGAUUUGAAUCUGCUGUUGCUUCGCAGACAUCACUUCUUAGCAUGUAUUCGAAAUGUGGGUUGGUCGAUGAUUCUUUGAAGGUUUUCCAUAGGUUAGUUGAUCCGAAUCUCAUGAGUUGGACAGCUGUAAUCGUGGGUCUGGUGCAAAAUGGUAGAGAAGAGUCUGCUCUUUUGAUGUUACGCCAGAUGAUCCGCAACUCAAUAAACCCAAAUGCGUUCACCUUAUCUACAGCUCUCAGAGCCUGUUCGAGCCUUGCAAUGUUCGAGCAAGGGAAACAGAUGCAUGCACGCAUCAUGAAAACCGGAUUGGAUAGAGAUAAAUUUGCAGGAGCUGCACUCGUCGACAUGUAUGGUAGAUGUGGAAGCGUUGAAAUGGCGAGAUCCGCUUUCAGUAGCUUGGUUGAACUCGACCUGGUUUCAAUAAAUUCAAUGAUCCAUGCGUACGCACAAAACGGUUAUGGUCAUGAAGCGGUAAGACUCUUUGAUGAAAUGAGGAAUUUGGGUCUAGAACCAGACGAUUUGACCUUUAUCAACAUUCUCUCUGCAUGCAGCAAUGCAGGCUUGCUUGGAGAAGGCCGCCGUAUCUUCUCCUAUAUGACUAGCAAUCCCAACAAAGAACCGAACAAAGAUCACUAUGCAUGCAUGGUUGAUCUACUCGGUCGUGCUGGAAGACUCAAAGAGGCUGAAAGGUUAAUAAUUCAAGUUAAAAAACCAGACGUGGUUCUAUGGAGGACAUUGCUCAGUGCAUGUAGAAUUCACUGUGAUGUAGAGAUGGGGAAGCACGUUGCAAAUAAAAUUCUUGAGCUUGAACCAGGGGAUCACAGGACUCACAUUCUGUUGUCUAACAUUUAUGCAUCAACAGGUAACUGGAAUGAAGUGAUUAAGAUGAAAGCCUCGAUGAGGGAGAUGGGGUUGAAGAAGGAACCCGCAUUGAGUUGGGUCGAGGUCAAUCGCGAGAUACACACAUUCAUGGCUGGAGAUUGGUUGCACCCGAGAGCAACAGAGAUCUAUGAAGAAUUGAAGAAGUUGGUAGAGAUAGUUAAGGGGUUGGGUUAUGUUCCUGAUACGAGGUUUGUGUUGCAAGAUUUGGAUGAGAAAGAGAAGGAGAGAUCUUUGUAUUAUCACAGUGAGAAGCUUGCCAUUGCAUUUGGGCUGUUGAGUAGUAGGAGUCCUGCUGGGUGGAGCAGUUGUAUUAGGAUUUUCAAGAACCUUAGAGUCUGUGGAGAUUGCCAUACUUGGAUUAAAUUAGUUUCUAAGAUUUCAGGGAGAGAGAUUAUUGCUAGAGAUGCAAAGAGAUUUCAUCAUUUCAGAGAUGGGCUGUGUUCUUGUGGGGAUUAUUGGUGAACCCAUCAUCUCUCUGAUCUCAGCAGUUUUUCUCUUGCUUUUACCCUUCCAUUGAUAUAUUGACAUCAAGAUCUCCAGUAACCAUUGUUAGUUUUUGUAAACUAAUGUAUUUAAAAUGUAACGUUCCCGUGCAUAAA